AUGUCACAACGAAGAAACGGCGCGCCCGAGGGUGCGAAGGAGGCCAAGGGCGAUGGCAAGGAGCUCAAGGUAUCCGACAAGCAAGUCAAACUGCUCUCCCAAGACGCCGGCCACUUUUCUCUCGUGCGCGCGCUGCACCUUGCAGACUUUAUUACUGAGCUCAAUGGCUUCUGUGGUAUCAUGUCGGUCAUGUCGUCGCUCCGCUACUGCACCCAAGACAACCCGCACAACUAUACGAAUCUCUACUGGGCCCUAGGCUUCAUCCCGCUCGGUCUCUUCUUCGACUUCAUGGACGGCAAGGUCGCGAGGUGGAGGAAGAAGGCCAGUCUCAUGGGCCAGGAACUAGACUCUUUGGCUGAUCUCGUAUCCUUUGGCGUAUCCCCCGCAGCCGCAGCCUUCUGCCUCGGCCUGCGCACCCCAAUCGACCACCUUCUCCUCUCCUUCUUCGUCCUCUGCGGCCUCACCCGCCUCGCCCGCUUCAACGUCACCGUCGCCAUGGUGCCCAAGGACAGCACCGGCAAAUCUCAAUACUUUGAAGGCACCCCGAUUCCCAUGUCCCUGCUCAUGGUCCAGGUCAUGGCCUACUGGGUCUACAAGGGCUGGGUGCUCGAACAGGUUCCCCUUGGUCUUUGGCUGCAGGGUACGCCGUUUGAGUUUCAUCCCGUUGUCGCCAUGUUUGUCCUGCAUGGCUGUCUGAUGGUUAGCAAGACGAUUCAUAUUCCUAAGCCGUAG